UGAGAGCAGCGUCGAUUCAAUUCGAUUCCGACUGGCAGCGCGUACGGACGGCCGAUUCACGCUCGCACGUCACCCGGCUGCUCGGGUGUGUUGCGUUUUUGAAAGGGGCAGGACCAUUUCAACCGGAAGAAGGGAGCAAAGGCAAGCAAGCAAGCAAAAAAGCAGCAAAGGAAAGAAAAGUGAAACCCAAAUUCGGUGGCCGGUGAUGAUGAUGUGGUGAUGGUGAAUGCGGUGUGUGUAUGUACGUGUGUUUUACGGUGUGUGUUACCCAGAACGACAGAGCACAGCAAAGCGCAGAAUAUAGUGUGUGAUUAGUUUUUCCACAAUCGAUUGAGCCUCGCAGCAGCGCGCUCAACCCUUUUGCCCUGUGCCUGUGCUUGCUUGUGUUUGUGUGCGUAAAGUGAAAAGGGAAUACACCUGAGAAGGAAAGCAAAGGGUAGCUAAUAUAAGUGCAGCAGCAGUGUAUCAUCAACGUGUUCAUCCUCACGGCAGAAGUGUUGUGUGUGAAAUCAUCAUCAUCAUCAUCAUCGUCAUCGCGCUCGAGCAGUGUGUGCGGGCGUUCCGUGCGUGCGCGCGUAUGUGUGUGUGUGCAGUACGUGUGGUGUGUAUUUCCGAAGUGCCAGCAUUGAAAUUACUACACUGCCAACGGUCGUAAAAUAAUAAUAAAUAAAUAAAAAAAUACAACACGUGUUCACUAAAAGUGUGUGUUCCAAGUGCGUAAGUGCGUGUGUUCAUAUCGCUCAGUUCGAAGGAAAAGCAAGCUGCCACAAAUAUUUGUAUAAGAAAGAAAAAAAAGUAGGGCAAAAAUCGUAUACCUACAUUGUGUAAAAGUGUAUGUGUGUGUGGAAGAAUUUUUGUAAUAUUAAUUAAAGAUAAAGAAGCAUCGAUUGGCUUCCCUCAAUUCUCUCUCUUUCAACCUCCAUUGUAACGUUACACCAAAAGCGUAAUCGUAUCACUGCCAAGUGGAAACACGGUGUGUGUGUGUUCAGCUCGCUUCGUUUUUUUUGUCGUAAGAGAGCGCAUCAUCACUGUAUAGUUGCUGUAAAUCAUCUUACAAGCUAAAGCUAAAAAAAGAAAAAUACGGACUAGAGCACGCGCGCGGUGUGUUGUGUUGUUGUAGCUGCUAUAAAGAAAAACAACAGCGAUACGCCACCGACGCCGCCGCCGUCGUCCUGCGUUGUGUUGUGUUUUCCAUCGAAGGGCCAGCCACAACUGCCAGAGCCAGAACAACGAAAACGAAACGAGAAUAUCUAGCACGGGGGGAAUACGGUGAACGAAACAGUUGACGAACUCACAAAACCCCACGACCAGCAGACACAUCACAAAGCAAAAAAUCCAAGGGCGAUCAAAUCCUUCCAGAAGCUGCUGUACGUCUGCCCGGACUUUGUGCGUGCGAAUGAGGUACACCUGCGGCUUGGGCUUAUGCUCAAGGUGAAUGGAGAUUACGAGCAAUCGCUAAAGCACCUGCAGCUAGCACUCAACGAUUCGUCCCCGUGCACCCUAGCGCAGCUUGAGAUCCGCUUUCACGUCGCCCAUCUGUAUGAGGUGCAGAACAAGUACAGGACAGCGAAGGAGGCAUACGAGCGGCUACUGGCAAGCAAGCAGCUGACGUCGUCACUGAAGGCCGACAUCUACCGGCAGCUGGGAUGGAUGUACCACACCGUUGAGCUGCUCGGCGACAAGGUGCAACGGGAGCGGCUCGCCAUCCACUGUCUGCAGAAGUCGAUCGAGGCGGAACCGCGCUCGGGCCAGACGCUCUACCUGCUCGGCCGCUGCUUCGCCGGCAUCAACAAGGUGCACGACGCGUUCAUCGCCUACCGGAACUCGGUGGAGAAGAGCGAAGGGAACGCGGACACAUGGUGCUCCAUCGGAGUGCUCUACCAGCAGCAGAACCAGCCUAUGGAUGCGCUGCAGGCCUACAUCUGUGCCGUGCAGCUAGAUAAGUCACACUCAGCCGCCUGGACCAACCUGGGCAUACUGUACGAGAGCUGCAAUCAGCCGCGGGACGCAUACGCCUGCUUCCGCAACGCCACCAUCAACCAGGACCAGCAGAAAGACCGUACGGUCAGUGCGUGCGAGAAGUCAACCGUACCGGCCGCUUCAACCGGCACUACUACAGCGGCGACCGGUGGUGCAACAACCGCAGCCGCCGCCAGCGGAACGUCGUCGGUUACGGCGAACAGCGCGGCCGCGGGCACACCGGAAACGAGCAGCAGCAGCGGCACCCCAACAGCAGGGACAACAGCACCCAAUACUCAGCCGACGGUGCUCGGUGGUGAUCUAAGCAACGGUGGCAACAACGGUGCCAACAGUAACAACAGCAGCAGCUGCAGAUCGCAAAGCCUUACCCAGCGUAUCAAAUUCCUGCAGCAGCAUCUCGGUAACGCUCCUAUGCCGAGCAUAACGUCCAAACGGCGGCAGCUACCGUCAAUUGAGGAGGCCUGGAAUCUGCCCAUUUCCAAUGAGAUGAGUUCGCGACAGCAACAGACCGCCCAGGCACAGCAACGCCAGUUUCAGAAAGGCUACGGACAGGGUGCCCAGUACCAUCCCGGACAGCAGCCGCAACAGCAGCAAGUGGGCAGCAACAAUGGUCUGCCGAACAAGCGCUUCAAGCAGGAGGAUGGCAGACCCGGCAGCGGACCAGCUGGUGGUGGUGUGGUCGGAACGGUGGCCGGCCAGCCGGUGCCACCGUUCUACCUUAACCAGCAGCAGGUGUUGCAGCUGCAGUUCCUGCAGAACCAGAACAAUCUGACCGCCCAGCAGCAGGCCAUGCUGCAGACGCUCACCAACCAGUACCGGUUGAUGAGGGAGCACCAGCUGCGCCUUCAGCAGCAGCGAAGUCAGCAGCUGCAACAGCAACAACAGGCCGCCGGGUUCCAGGGACAGCCGCCGCAGCAGGGCGGUAACGGUGGGUUUGGGCUGGCGGCAGGGAACAAGACGCCCCAGUCGGGUAUCGUGCCGCAGACGGGCUUCGUGAACGAUGGCCACUUCUCGCCAGCGACCGGACAGUCGCAGCAGACGGCGGGCAUGCCGUACAAGUCGGCCGGUACGUACGCACCGUCCGGGUUUACGGUGCCGAGCGGUCAGGCAGCGGCAACGACGCCGGGAGGCUUCACACAGAUCACCUCCGGCUCGAAUCAUCAGGCCGAUAUAGCCAUUCAGUCCAUCCUCGACGACAAGGCUACAUUCGCCGAAUCCCUGCUCAAACAGCUUAGCUCACCAACGGGAGACGGCAAAGACGUGUCCGACCCCUCCACCACCACCACCACCAGCAGCAGUACCAAGUCCCCACCGAUAAAAGCGGAAGCAACCUCGACGACGACAGCGGCAGCCGCCGGCAGUGGUGCGAAACGGCAACUGCUAACCGGCAGCAAGCAGCAGCAGCACCCGGACAUCAAGCUGGAACCGGUCGUAAAGCUCGAGAAGCUACCCUCCCCCUCCAGCGGAGGUUUGGACGGAUCGUCGUCCUCUUCCGCUUCCUCCUCCUCCGUCGGCGGUGACUUUAAGAUCUCAAUGUCGGCGAAAGACAUCCAGCAGCUGGUGCGCAAGCAGCGCCAGGCGGGCGAGCUGAAGGACGUGCCGGCCGUCUGCUCGGUCCUGUCGGCCGAUGCGCCCCCGCCCUGCCCGCCCGACUGUCCACCGACACGGCUUACCCGCGAACAGCUCCAACCCCCGACGCCGUCCGUGUUUUUGGAGAACAAAAAGGACGCGUUCAGUCCGCAGCUGCAGGAGUUUUGCCUGAAGCAUCCGAUCGCGGUGGUGAGGCAGCUCGGUGCGGCCCUGAAGCUGGAUUUGGGGCUGUUUUCGACCAAAACGCUUGUGGAGGCGAACCCGGACCACACGGUGGAGGUGCGGACGCAGGUACAUCAGUCACCGGACGAGAACUGGGACGGAAACAAGAACUCGAAGGUGUGGGCUUGCAUAUCGCACCGAUCGCACACCACCAUCGCCAAGUACGCGCAGUACCAGGCGUCGAGCUUUUCGGACAAGAUUAAGGAGGAGCGUGACAAGCUGGCCGGCAUUUCGACCGCCUCCACCAACUCCGACUCCGACUCGAAGGAUUCCAUCUCGAACAGUGGCAGUGCGUGCGGCGGCGGCGGUGGCACGGGAGCGACCAGCGGUGGAGGAACCGGUACCGGUGGCGGUAACAGUUCCGCUGCCGGCAACGGCAAACGGAAGAAGUGCAAAAACGGUAACAAAAUGUUACGCUUCGGCACGAACGUCGAUCUGUCCGAUGAGCGCAAGUGGAAGGCGCAGCUGCAGGAGCUACAGAAGCUGCCACCGUUUGCGCGCGUCGUUUCGGCCGCCAACAUGCUGUCACACGUCGGUCACAUGAUCCUUGGGAUGAACACGGUGCAGCUGUACAUGAAGGUGCCGGGUAGUAGGACGCCCGGUCACCAGGAGAACAACAACUUCUGCUCGAUCAACAUCAAUAUUGGGCCGGGCGAUUGUGAGUGGUUUGCGACGCCCGACUCGUACUGGGGCGGCAUCCAGGCGCUGUGCGAGAAGAAUAACAUCAACUAUCUGCACGGGUCGUGGUGGCCGGCGCUCGAGGAUCUGUACGCGGAGAACAUACCGGUGUACCGGUUCACGCAACGGCCGGGCGAUCUGGUGUGGGUUAAUGCGGGAUGUGUCCACUGGGUGCAGGCCAUCGGCUGGUGUAAUAAUAUUGCCUGGAACGUGGGCCCACUGACGGCGCGACAAUAUCAGCUGGCGGUGGAGCGGUACGAGUGGAACAAGCUCGAAAGCUACAAGAGCAUCGUGCCGAUGGUGCAUCUGAGCUGGAAUCUCGCCCGCAAUAUCAAGGUGUCCGACCCGAAGAUGUUUGAAUCGAUCAAAACCUGCCUAAUGCAGACGAUGAAACACUGUAUGCAGGUGCUGGAGUACGUAAAGUCCUUGCACAUCGAGGUCCGGUUUCAUGGGCGCGGUAAAAACGAAGCAUCACACUACUGCGGCCAAUGUGAGGUGGAAGUGUUCAAUGUGCUGUUCAUUCGCGAGCAGGAAAAGCGCCACAUCGUGCACUGUAUGGGUUGCGCCCGGAAGCAGUCGCCCGGGCUGCAGGGUUUCGUGUGCCUCGAGGAGUACACGCUGGACGAGCUGAUGCAGGUGUACGAUGCGUUCGUGCUGCAUACACCGCCCCCGCCACUGCCACCGAUUGCAGCACCGCCAGCGCAAUCGCCCCAGCACGUCCAGCAGCCCGCCUCCUCUCCGGCCGGAGCGCUGAUAAAUGUAAGCUCUUCUUCUACUGCCGUCGCCGCCGCCACAUCGUGUUCAUCGUCGUCCGCGUCGGCUGCUGGCGGUGGUGCUGGUGCUGGUGGUGGCACUGGAUCGGUGCCGGUGGCUUCGUAAGCCGCUGCCACCGCCCCGCCGUCGUCAUCCUUCUUAGCAUCCUUUCGGAAGUGGGAGGAUGGACCUCAGGGGUGUGGUAGGGUUGCUGUACCAAACAACAACACCCACCCUCCCCAUCCUCUCCAAAACCGUUUUCUCUCGGCCCCACCAAAUUCUGCACUAUGCUGCACUGCAACUUCUCCUGCACGAGUGCGCGAUACUGUGGUAGCAUUGUUUUACUUCGGUAAGUUUAGUUUUAAUUUAGUUCAAAUGUACGCAUAAUGUGUAUCCCCUGCAUAUAAUAUAAUAUCUCCUUACGGAGAGGAAAGAAGGGUUCGUGUAAAGAGUAUAUAGAAAGCGAAAAGCAAAUAGGCUAUAGGCGCAAGAGCGAGAGAUUUAUAUUAGGCACACGCUCGCACCACCCGUCGGUGUGUGCGUGUGUGUGUUAGAAAUCAGCGAAGCUAUAGGGAAAAGAGCAAAGAAAAGAAGCACUUAGGCGCAAAGAAAGGCGAACGAAUUAUAUUGUAUAGAAAUGUUUUACAGGGCUAUUAGACUUGUUUUCCUCUUCUGUUUCGUUCAAUUGUUUGAAUUUCAAACCUCCAAAAGACUUGUAUGAAAUUACUAAUUUGCAAAUUACGCUACACUUACGAUUAAUACUGCUACUACUACUACUACUACCACUACUACGCUUAGUCUCGAGACCCUGAAGCUCUCGUACGGCACAUUUCAGUAAUAUGUAGAUGGCGUUGCGACGAAAUAGUGGAUAUUGUUUUAGAGAAAAGCGUUGAAAAAAGAGAAGAGGGAACGUUUCCUUUAAAAAGGAGGGUAGAUUGUACAUAUAUAACGCAACCAACACGCCCUCCUCACGCCCUCUGUGGUGUGUGUGUGACUGGCGAUCGUUCAAGUGAGUCGAACAAUCUGUCGAACCUGCUCUGCUGCUGCGGGGGGGGUGCGCGAAUGUUGCGCAUCACCUGCAACACGCGAGCGCGCGCACUGUAAAGCUAGUUCGCAGCUGCAAAAAACACCACUCUUAGUGUUUAAGUAAAUAUGCGUGCGCGUGCAUUCGUUUAUAUAAGAAGGGGGAGGAGAACACAGAACAAAUGGCACACAGAAAGGAGACGACACAACAGUAGAAGAUCGAUUUGAGUGAUCGCUAGUGGCCCGUCGUUUUACAAUGUUUACAACAUUAAACACACACACUAUCUCUCACAACCCGCGUUAAAGGCAAUAUUUUCUUUUUGUUUUGUACUCACAACACCCUUUGAGAAGACACGAUCAUCGCGCAGAGCGAGCGUGAUCCGGUUUAUGUUGGUGAUUAGUGUUUAAGUAGUUAAUUUAUUUCACCAUCGCAAGGUGUGUAUCGUAUUGUAUAUGUAAAUGUGUAUUAAUGUGUAUCCGUUGGCAGCGAUAUUUGGCUCGAAUCUGCCAUUAUUUUUUU